AUGAUAUUAGAUUUGACCCUUUUUUUAACACUAUGGAGCCACUCUUUUGGAGAGUAGGCCUAUCCCAUGUGUUUCUUUGGUUAAAACAGAUUUUUCUCCCUUUACCUUAGUGAAGAAGAGUUCACCAAGAAUGGCUUCUUCUUCUUCAUUGGCACCUCUAUCUUUCUCUCUUUCCUCUGAAUUGCUUCCAUCACACAAACCCAAUUCUCUUUCAUGGUCUUCUUCAUUUCCCCAACUCAGAAUUUCUGCUUCUUCAAUUCCAUGCCCUUCAAAUCUCUCUUUUCACAAGAAAUUUGUCGUUGAGGCUGCAUGGACGAGAAGAUCUCGGAGUGAAGCUGCAAAAAAGCCCAACAGGAAAUCAUGGAAACAAAGGACAGAUAUGUAUUUGAGACCUUUUUUACUAAAUGUUUUCUUUUCAAAACGAUUUAUCCAUGCCAAAGUGAUGCAUCGAGGGACCAGCAAGGUGAUCUCUGUUGCUACCACAAACUCGAGAGACUUGAGGAACACAUUGCCAUCGCUUACUGAUAACGAUGCUGCUAGGGUAAUAGGCAAAUUGAUUGCAGAGCGAUCAAAAGAGGCUGAUGUCUAUGCCAUUGCAUAUGAACCUGGGAAGAAUGAAAGAAUUGAAGGUAGACUUGGGAUUAUUCUUGAUACUAUUCAACAAAAUGGCAUCAUAUUUGUUUAAAAAUUUCACCUUGUGUACACACUUUUUACUUGCAACUAGCUAUAUUAGUUAUUUUCAAGAUCAGUUAUUCCCAAACUAUUAGAACAUAUUCUGGGCUCGUCUUUGUUGCAUAUUAUUAAUGUUACUUGCCAAAAGAUUGUUCUGUUA